AUUGAUUUCUUUGUUCUUUCUUACAGGAACGGGAAAUAUAGUGGUCAUUAUGGUUAGCUACUCGAAAGGAAAAGAAAUUUUGGAUCUGGUACAAAAAGAAAUUCAAGUCAAAAUGACCAUAGGGGUUGGGACCCGCCAUGUCCAGGAGUUCAUCAAUGGCCAGUCAGUGGUGUUUGUGGCCAUCGCCUUCAUCACCAUGAUGAUCAUCUCAUUAGCGUGGCUGAUAUUUUACUAUAUACAGCGUUUCCUUUAUACUGGCUCACAGUUUGGAAGCCAGAGCCAUAGAAAAGAAACCAAGAAAGUUAUUGGCCAACUUCCGCUUCAUACUAUAAAGCAUGGAGAAAAGGGAAUCGAUGUUGAUGCUGAGAAUUGUGCCGUGUGCAUUGAGAAUUUUAAGGUGAAGGAUAUUAUCAGAAUCCUGCCAUGCAAGCAUAUUUUUCAUAGAACGUGCAUUGACCCCUGGCUUUUGGAUCACCACACGUGUCCAAUGUGUAAGCUCGAUGUCAUCAAAGCCCUGGGAUACUGGGGAGAGCUUGAGGAUGCCCAGGAAGAGCCCGCUGCUGAGGCGGCCCCGGGAGGCGCUGUGGCUGCGGCUGCAAGUGUGAGUGUUACUGUUCGCCACGAAGACAGAAGUGUCGGGAGCCCCUCCCCGGCGCCCUCCACCAGGGACCCCGGGCCGCAGUGCAGCGGGCAUCUUAAAGAAGACGCAGGGGAAAGCACAGCCUUACUCGAGACAGAGACCGGCAGGAGCGACCCUCGGGGCGGAGGACCUGUCUCCUCGCGCGGCCACUGACAGCCGCCCGGGCGCAGCUCUGCACUAAAGGACAUUUUAUUUUUUUUACUUUAGCACAUAGUUUAUAUAUUUGAAAAUAAUGUACCUUUUGAUGAAUUAUUUUACCUUUCAUGGUCUGAUUUGAUAUACAAAGGGCUAAAUAUUUUAUUCUUAAAGAGACUUGUUGAUUACUGUUCAUAUAUUUAUCUACUGAAGUAUAUCACUUACAAUAAACAACAUGUUUCAGAUUGUUUCUGAGGAGAUGGCUAGGAAGGCGCGCUGGUGUCAGCGUUUGUAAACGCUAGGUGAGCUCCUGUGGUACUGCUGAGUCCGUCUCGCAGAGUGGUUAGACUCCGCACACUGAAUUCAGACUAGUCGAAGUGGAAUUGUGUAAUUAAAUCCCAUAAAUUGUUUUCCCUGGAAGAAAGGCAUUUUUAGAACAUUAUACUUGUAAAUGAAAUGAGAGGAAUCUACACCUUGGUAUUAUAUAGUGAGAUUUCAAAACCUGAGAAUCUUUUUCAUUGUUGUAUCACCCAAUUUCUUGUGACACUUUGAUGGGAAGUUUGCUCAUUUUUUUCAACAAUUAAAAAUGCUCAGAAUCUGUGUUUCUGUGAAUAUUGGGCUCCCGUUGCCUGUGGGAAACCGAGUAGACAGCGACUGGUUUUCUUUGUAAGUGAUGAAUACAAUAUAUUGGUUCCAACAACAAUCUGAUAUUUAAAAUUGUAAGGAUGAAAGGUGGAGAAUUUUUUAUUGUUGUAACAAAAUAAGCAACCAGUUUCCUGAUUAAUUUUAAGGCAAACUAAUGACCAUGACCUUGUUUAAUCAGCUGCCCUUUUUACUUUUGUUUGCUGUUCUUACUUGUAGGUGAAAGGAGCAGCAAAUAAAAAGCAUUUGGAGACUAAGUUUCAUAAAGUGAUUAAAUAAACACACACACCUGCUCUUCUGUCACUUGUUGGAGGUGGAAGCUGAAGAUAAGGGAGAGUUAUUUUGUGCAGCCUGGGAAGGAGGACUGGCCGCACCCCUGCCACCCGCCUUGCGCCCCUGAGCUGCGCAGCGUGCAAGCGGCACAUCAGGUGCCUUGAAGACAUUAAAGCAAUGGAACUAGGAAAUCCAGAGAAUUCAAGAUGUUGGGUUUUUGGUGUUUUUUUUUAAUAAGUUAAAUUGAAUUUGUCUGCGAGCACUUAAAAGUUGAUUGUACCAAAAAAAAAAAAAAAAAAA